CCGUCCCCUCCCCGUCCCCUCCCCGCGCAGCCGCCACCUCCGCGCUCCUCCUCCUCCCCCCUCCCCUCGCAAAUAGUCCCGCGGGCCGCCCCCUCCCUCCGCCCGCGCCCCUCCUGCCGCCGCCUCGCGCACACAAUGGCGCUGAAGAGAAUCCACAAGGAGUUGAACGACCUGGCACGUGAUCCUCCAGCACAGUGUUCAGCAGGGCCUGUCGGGGAUGACAUGUUCCAUUGGCAAGCUACAAUAAUGGGACCAAACGACAGUCCCUAUCAAGGUGGAGUAUUUUUCUUGACAAUUCACUUCCCGACAGAUUAUCCCUUCAAACCACCUAAGGUUGCAUUUACAACAAGAAUCUAUCAUCCAAAUAUUAACAGUAAUGGCAGCAUUUGUCUUGAUAUUCUACGAUCACAGUGGUCCCCAGCACUAACUAUUUCAAAAGUACUUUUGUCCAUCUGUUCUCUGUUGUGUGAUCCCAAUCCAGAUGAUCCUUUAGUGCCUGAGAUUGCACGGAUCUACAAAACAGAUAGAGAAAAGUACAACAGAAUAGCUCGGGAAUGGACUCAGAAGUAUGCGAUGUAAUUAAAGAAAUUAUUGGAUAACCUCUACAAAUAAAGAUAGGGGAACUCUGAAAGAGAAAGUCCUUUUGAUUUCCAUUUGACUGCUUUCUAUGAGCCCACGCCUCAUCUUCCCCUGUGCACAUGUUUACCUGAUACAGCAGUGCUGCGUGUUGUACAUACUUGGAACAACAAACUAGAAAUACUGUAUUUCCCCGUACCAACAUUGACUCCUAGCAGAGAAGUGUGUGUGUGAAAAGCUGGUUCUUCAGUCAUAACUUUGUGAGCCUAAAAGCAUUCCUUGCUGAGUUAAAUUGGGAAAUCAAAUGGGAAUGGGGAGAGUUCUGGUGGGUUUCAGAUUUUCUAGGGACAGUGUUGCUGAUCCAUGAAGGAUUUUAAGUGGAAUCCUUUUAAACUCAUAACAGUUAUGAAAAGCAAGGUGAAGAACUUGAAGCUGUUUCUGUAUUCAUUUUAUUCUGAAGGACCUACACCUUAGGUAAAUGUUAUGACCAAUGAGAAACUGUACCCACAUCCUGUGUUUAAGGUCUAAGUUUAACCAGUCACCAUUUAAAUGGAUUGGAGCUAUUAGUGCAUCAAGUGAUGUUGAUUUGUUUCAACUCUCUCCCUCCCUUCAUACUUUUUUUGGUUUGUAUGUGGUUUCUCAGUUAAUACCUAGCUAAUAGCUCUUAUUUUUCUUAAGUUUUUUAACUGCUUAGGUCUUUCUGGAUGUAAGGGUAAAAAAAAAAAAAAAUCCAUAUGACAGAAAACUUGUGUGUAUUUAAAGACCCAACUGCUCCCCUGGAGCUUGUACGUUCAAGAAUGAAUUAAUCUGUGUAAUAAACUGAUUACUACAGUCAUUACAUAUAACUUUGUGUGAAUAGGCUUUUAAUUUUCAGAGCAGUUUGUUACAGGCUUAAACUAACGGUGGAUUUCUCUAAAAAAAACUUUUUGGGCUGAAGUCGUGAAGCAGUUUGGUUUGCAUCACACAAGGCACCUGAAGAGGCAAACAGGAGCUUGAGCACUUAGAUGAAAUCAGGAUGUGUAGUGUGCCAGGAACUUGACUGUUAAACCAAAUAAGCAGUUUACUAAAUGAGAAUCAGAGUGACAUUUUACAAAGCCUGAUGGUAUUACUCCCACUUGCAUGGGACCUAACACAAUGCAUAUGUACUGUAGGUAAGUGAAACCUUAUGUAACUAAAAAAAUGGAUGUAAAAGGGUAAAAAAAAGAAAAAACCUACCAAACACAUCAGCACAAACUUUCAUAAAAUGUAGCUUUUACAUAAUUACUUUGCACUAAACAUUUGCAAAUGUUCAUACAGUUUUAAAUUGUACUUGUAUGUCUUUUUUUUUUUCUUUUUUUUUUCUUUUUUUUUUUUUUUUGGAACAAAGUCUUCACUUGAAUCUAGUGAAAAAAAUGUAGUUUGAAACUUUUCUUUGUAUACAAGUGUAUUUGCCAGCAUCGUUGGUGUGACAGUAGGUGAGUCUGCAAGUUUAUCUCCUCUUAGUAGAAUUGUAACCCAAGCCAUCGGGCAGGAGAGGCUGGAGCCGCUGGCUCUCCAGCCACAGGGUCUGUCCCAGCCAUUCCCAAAUGCAUCUUGACACUCUUGCACAAACGAGGAAUAAAUGUCCACUGCUUUUGGUCUAAA